UCUUUCCCUUCUUUUUUAAUACUGCCAACAUGACGCAUCUCCAUGGCAACUUCUGUGGCUGCGCAGUCACCUCACAGCGCAUGCCGUUAUUUAGCCUAGAAGGUGGCAGCUGAGAGUUAGACUGUCGCAACUCGAAGGAGAUUAAAAAGAAAUUAAAGUUUUACAUUUUUAGCAGUUUGGUAUUUUACUUUUGAAAAUGAGACCGUCACAAAAAGGUCGACAUGGAUAUGAAACAGCAAAAAUCGCUAAAUGGAGAAUGGAAGGACCUCUUUUCCCGUUGCUGAAGCAUCCUGGUGGGGCUUCCCAGCCAUGGCCGAUACACCUGCACCCUGCAGAACACAUCCACAGACCUCUAAUCCCCCUUCCUCGCGCCCUCUUUCACACCCGUUAUGCUGAGGAGAGUGCAGAACGCCCUCACUUGGUCACUGUUGUCCGCCCAUGCCAAACUGCACUAAGAAAGGUAACGGUGCUGCUCAACCGAAGAGCUGUGGUGUCAUUUGAACAGCUGCUGCUUGAUAUUUCAGAGGCUUUGGGGUUUCCUCGCUGGCACGGGGCCCGAAUCACACGCUUGUAUACAACACACGCACAAGAGGUGAAGGCUGUUUGUGAUUUCUUCCGUGGUGAAGCAGCCUUCCUGGCUCUUGGUAAGGCCCGACCCGAGCUGAGCAGCCUGCGGGAGGCUUUGGAGGAGCUGUUUCCAGAACACCCAAACUAUCGUGCCCACGCACUGAAAACCUGGGAGCGGAAACUCCACCCGUCUCCAAAUAGAGCAACCAAGGCCGACAGUGGAUACAGUGAGGGGACAGAUGGCAGUGGGGCUAAUCAAGAGGCGCACCAAAGCACACAUACGCAUGUCAAGAACCUUAAUCGCCACACAUGUCAAAAUGCAGACACACCAGAGAAGCGUAAUCUCGACUCUCAGAAAUCCUUUAAAAAAGUUUCUUGCGGAAAACCUGCUCCUCUUCCCAACCACCUGCAGAGACUGCGGGUGAAGGGUGGAGAAAAAGGGCCGAAACCAUCUCUCAUUGGUCCUUUCAGAAAUGAAGAUGGUCUGAGAGAUGCUGGCAUACCUUCAGGCAAGCUGUGUGAAAACUGCACUUCAAGGAGAGCAGAGCUUCAAGCUCCAACAGGGAUCAACAAAUCUUUAGGGAUGGUCCCACUUCCACCCGUGUCCAGGAAGCAAAAGGGAAGUUCCCACACAAAGCAGGAAGCUAAAAAUGUGGACGUGGGCUCCAACCCCUCACCUCCCGUGGCUGUCAACCGAGAUGAUGAGAAGAGCUUGACAAACAGUCAAACUCCAGCUCCUCUUGUGGAUGCAGCAGACUCACAGAGGAGGAAAGCUGCGUCUCUUCCCUCCGAGCGCAGCUCCGUCACUCUGUCAGACAUUGAGCGUGUCUACGAGUUUGGACGGGUCAUUGGGGACGGUAACUUUGCUGUGGUGCGUGAGUGCCGCCGCCGUGACGGUGGAGAACUUCUGGCUUUGAAGAUAGUAGAACGUUCCAAGCUUGUUGGUCGAGAGCACAUGAUGCAGAAUGAGCUGAGCCUCUUGGGGAGUCUGUGCCACCCCCGUAUAGUGCGACUGUUUACUCACCAUCACACACGCACACACUCGUACCUCGUGAUGGAGUUGGUGAGUGGGGGGGACCUGUUUGAAGCCAUCAGCGACAGAGGAAAGUUUCCAGAGGCAGAAGCAGGACUGAUAGUGUCAGACGUGAGUGAAGCUCUGGAGUACAUCCACAGGAAAAGCAUCGUCCACAGAGACCUCAAACCUGAAAACUUACUGAUAGAGCGUGUUGCUGCCAGUGUUUGCCGGCUGAAGCUGGGAGACUUUGGCCUUGCCAUGGUUGUGACUGAACCAGUCUUCACCAUAUGUGGCACGCCCACAUACGUAGCACCAGAGAUCCUCCAUGAGACAGGAUAUGGCGUUGCUGUGGACGUUUGGGCUCUGGGUGUGAUUCUUUUUGUCCUGCUGUGUGGCUUCCCACCGUUUCGUAGUCGGGAACGAGACCAAGAAGAGCUCUUCAAGCUGAUAAAGCAAGCACAGCUUCACUUCCCUUCUCCCUACUGGGACUCCAUCUCAGAGGAAGCUAAAAGUCUUGUCAGAUGUUUGCUUGAAGUGGACCCCACAUUGAGGCUGACCGCAGAACAAACUCUACAGCAUCCGUGGGUGAAAGCAAUGGCAUCUGUUUGCAUGCAGAGGGCGCUCACUGACAGAAAUCAGAGGAAACUGCAAAAUGCAGGAGCAAAAAUCAAGGAUAAUUCAGAAGAACUGCUGACUGACAAAACAGAGCAACACUGUGGAAGUAAAGAGAAAGUCACUCUCAGGAGGAAAACUCAACUGUCAAUGAGAGAAAGCGAUGAUAACUCCCCGGAUCUGAACCUUCAAUCCAGAUCAUUUGAUCAUAACAAAACUAGUGAAUCCAUUAAUCAAUCGAUGAAUAAUCUGAUUUUUCAGUCAAAGCAGAACAGUCAUCAAAGGUCACCAAACAGAUCACCAACUCAAACCACCGAAGAUUGCAAAGAUUUGACAGAAACUUAAACUCCCCACAGGGACAUUACUUUCAAAUUUUUGAUUAGCGGUUGAAUCCUUAAAAUUACUUUUAGAUCAUGUAAUUUUACUCCAGAGACCUAAUCAAUGCCGCUUGUGAUUUAGUUAGUCCUGCAAUCAGAAAUGUAUGAUGGAAUGUCGUUUUUUAACGUAUGUUUUUGUUUGGAUCAUAGGUUGGUUGUUCUGUCUCUUCUUUGUUGUUUUUAAUACUUUUUUUAGGUGAGUCAUUUUUGAAGAUGAUAUAUUGUGUAAAAUAUUUAGCUAUUUUGACUAAUACUGCAAAAAAGUUAUUUUUUGUAUAAUCUUAAAGUUGAAUCUUUAACAUUUAUCAUACCAUUUUAGUAUUUUGCCAUAAAACAUUUAACCCAAGUAAAUUAUUAAAUAUCAUACUGCAAAAUCUUAGCUUUUUGCUCAUACCAUAUUCAGUUUUUUUGUUUUUUUUUACUUGUCCUGUCCAACAGCUGAGCAGACAUACAGGAGCAGACAUACAGGAGCCUCUUGUGUUGGACAUGUAACAGUAAA